UCAGAAAAACACACGCCAAAAAGAAACAGAAAACAGAGAGAAGAGUUUGAGUUUCAGAGAUGAAAAAACAGAGCGACACCCGGAAAAUUUCUUGGACUAGAGGGAAGUGUUUAGGCAAAGGGUCGUUUGGUACCGUGAGCUUGGCAGUCAAAGAAUCGGACGGUGCCGUUUUUGCAGUGAAGUCCGUCGAUUUAGCUACGUGUCUUCCGAGCCAAUUGGAGUCUUUGGAGAACGAAGUUAGGAUCCUCCGCUCGCUUUCCUCUCCUUACGUCGUCGGGUAUCUCGGCGAUGACGUGACGACGUCCUACCGGAAUCUUCACAUGGAGUUCUUGCCGGGUGGCACCGUCGUUGACGUAGCAAGUUUUAAACGACGGUUGGCUGACGUGGACGAGAGGAUUUUGCGGUGGCAGACGCGGUGCUUAGUUUCGGGUUUGAAGUACGUGCACGGUGAAGGCAUUGUGCACUGUGAUGUGAAAGGGAAGAAUGUUUUGGUGGGCCCUGAUUUCACCUCCGUAAAGCUCGCGGAUUUCGGCUCAGCGAUUGAGAUGAAAAAAGGAAGCGCGGGUGACGGAUGUAGGUCCCUGAUCACGCCACGUGGAAGCCCGCUCUGGAUGGCUCCGGAGGUGAUCCGCGGUAAGUAUCAAGGACCGGAGAGUGAUGUUUGGUCCUUAGGCUGCACCGUUAUCGAGAUGGUCACCGGGAAGCCUGCUUGGGAGGAUCGCGGUUUCAACUCCCUGAGGCAAAUCGGAUACUCGGAGGAAUUACCGGAGUUACCGACUCAGUUAUCUGAACUUGGUAAGGAUUUCGUGGACAAGUGUUUGAGAAGGGAUCCGAAUCAACGUUGGAGCUGCGAUCAGCUGCUGCAGCAUCCAUUUCUCGCAUCAGCUUCAGCGCCGAACACGACUGGGGAAUCAUCUCCACGUUGCGUGCUCGAUUUUGCCAUCUCAUCGGACUUCGAAGAGGACGAAAACACGGAGAAUUUCGAAGCUUCAGCGAGGCAGAGGAUCGGUAAAUUUGCGACGGAAGCAGGCGUACUUUGGGAAUCAGAUGGAUGGGUAGCGGUCAGGAGUUACGCGCCGGAAUCGGUCGUGAAUUGUGAGGAAGGCACAAGUACAGAAUAUCCGGAGUUGACGAGGACAGAGAAGGAAACGGAGGGGACAAGUUUGGAAUUUUACCAUUGUUUCGCGCGAACUAGUAGCAGUAGCAACUCAACCGCGUGGCUGUAUCGUCAUAACGAGGAAGCGCUAGGGUCGAAAGGGUCAAGUAAUUCACUACGGUGCGGUGGGUGGAGGUGUAGGAGGUGCUCGGCUGGUCCGAGCUGUCGGUGUGGGUCGCAAGAGGUGGAAUUAGCGGUGGAGAAAGCAGAUUUGAGAUUCUCCACAUUUUGUAAUUUAUUACAAUUAUUCUCGUGUAAAUCAAGAAAAUUCAGAUAUAUUUUAUUGGCAUUUUUCAAAUAUUACUCCUUUGUUACUAUAUUCUUUCCCCCUUUUUUCACCUUUCUUUCUCGGCCUCAAAUUUAUUUGCUCAUGCGAUUCCGACCAUGAAAGGAUUUGUCAUAG